AUGCGUCUCUUCAACUUGAUACCGUGGGAAGCUCGAGACCCCGAUUUCAAAUUCACUCAGCCAUAUGCUCACGACAUCCACCUUGCUAAACGUGUUCCCGUUCAACGGUCGAGAUCAGGAUCGUUUUCUCCUAAUCUACAAUGUCCUGACGUUCGCCCUCGAAGGAAAUUCUUAAUUGGGAACCGACCACCGAUGCGGUCCUACUUGAUACUACUUGGAUUCAACCUCUCCGGCUUCAGAAGUUCCGACGACGAAACUUUGGGCGGUCGCAUCACGUACGAGAAGGCAACGAUAGAGCUUCCAUAUAUUACUAAGGGUCGGGGGACAACUGUUAUGUCUCCGAGCGACGCCACCGUCACGGCCUUUCACUAA